AUGAAAUCAAUUUUUAGCGCCAUCGGAGAUGCUUUGAAUGCUGGUGGUGCCCUAUACCGACAACAGGGCCUCUACUAUCCUUUCAACAACGGGAUUAGUUUGAAAGUGUACGAAGCUCUUCAAUCCAUAACCAGGUACGACGAACUCGAAUGCGUUCCCAGGUUGUUGUGCGAAGCUGCUGCCGGAGGACGACCGGGUUACAGCGGAAGACAAUUAAAUUUCGAUAAAUCCUCAUUGACGACGUUCAUAUCGUAUUUAAACAUAGGCACGACGAAAUAUUCACCUUUGUUGACAUUCGCGAGAGCUGCUCUUCUGGGUGUUUCAAAUCGCGGGGAUCCCUAUUCGUGCAUAAUAAAUUAUUCGAAAUGUCCGAAAGAUCAAAAUCGUCUCCUUUACUAUUUGAACAAUCACAGAGGAGGAUUUUUCCAAUAUUUCGAUAACAAAAAUUAUAAUAAUAAUAAUAAUAAUAAUAAUAACGUGUACGAUAAUUAUCGACCCGUUUAUUAUCAAAAUAAAUAUAAGAAAAAAAAUAAAAUAAUUUUUCAAAAUCCGACAGAAUUUAUUCAAAAAUUAAAAAAAACGGCGGAAAUCAUCGGAACCUACGCGACGAAAUACGCAACGUAUUCUCCACAUUUUAAAUUUCCCGAUUAUGUAUUUAAUGGUUUUUACGACGAUAGAGAAAAAUACGCAAGAAAAUAUAAACCGAUGGUUUUUCCGGAAAGCAGGAGAGACGAAACGACGAUAAAUCCGAGAAUUUUAACGCAAAAUAAUAAAAGGAAACCUUAUGGCCACCACAGCGGCGGAAGUGGCAGCAGCAGCAACAACAACAACAACAACAGCAAUUUUUUCAAUUCGAUAAGAGAUUCGAAAACUAUAAAGGAUAAUAAUAAUAAUAAUAAAUUUUUUUCUUUUCCCGAACAAGAAACGAAUAGAAAAAAAUUUGGAAAAUUUAUUACGGAUCGACUUCCGGUUAAAUUUAAUUUUCCAUCGAGUGAAUACGGUGGCGACGGUGGCGACGACGACGGCGGCGACUACCAACAUUCGAUAAAUCGAUCGAAAUCGUUUUUUCCAGAGAGUUAA